GCCUUGGAGAAAUUGAGGGUUGCUUUUGUAAGUGAUAGUGAUACCCCACUUCCACUGGAUGUAAAGAUUCGUGUGGUGAAUUUAACUGACACCCCUUGUGAUGAUGAAUUCAUUUCCACUCCCACCUUCUGCCUUGAUAAUACAGACGCGUUGUGCUCCCCGCUCCAGUUCACCUUCAAGUCACAGACUCUCAGUAACUUGGAGAAUGAGGAAAGCAGACAAGAAAUUAAUAAUUUAAUUACUUGGCUUGCUCUUUUGCAUGGGAGUGUGCUCUCAUUUUGCAUGCCUGAUAAUCAUAAUCUGCCUGAUUCUGAAGACAAAAGAUUUGAACUGAAGUUGACAAUUGAAAACUGGCCUUGCAAUCCGUCACUUUCUUCAACACAGUGUGUUCUUUUAGAACUGUUAAGUUGGAUCAAAACAUAUUCAGAGUAUGGAGGAGAGUCACAUAUUAUGACAUGGGACCAGAGUCAGAGAGGAUCCGUCACAAUUGAUCACAGAUAUAAUGAUGAAAGUGACAGUGAGAAUACUCUAAAGCUUUUUUGGUGGUCACUGAGUAACCAAAAUUUUUUCCGGCUGGGUCUAGCAGAGUAUGUGGUAUUGUCUGUCACCCUAGCAUUAGUCAUAAUAAGGUUCUUCCCAGCAGUACACAAACAGAUAGUUUCUAGAAUAACUACAGCAGAACGUAAGAGCAUCUACUGGGGGACUUUUGCCGUUUGUAAUUUUUCAGUGUGAGGUUUCUUGCAAUGCGCUUUUCUGAGAUCAAAACACUUCUCUACCCAAAGUAUGUUGUAUCAACAGCCUUUGGUGUAGAAAUAUCUAUACAUAUGUUGAUUAUAUUUGGGGGUCUUAUAAGUUCAUACAAAAAUCGUUGCGGUAAUGAUGUUCCACUGCCAAAACCUGUAAAAUGUAUAUGUCUUCGUAAACCAAAAUAUGUCACCAUCUCAGCCUUUAUGCUUUUUAUUUAUCAUUUAAUCAUGGAUACCAUUUCAAUUUCGUUCCUACUGCUCACUGAGCAAUCAAGAAGCUGUAUCAUAUUUUUGGCCUUUUUGUUUAUUUUGAUUAUGAUUUAUGUUUUCCUAGUGGUUUCAUCCAUUUUCUUUUACAAGUAUACUUAUUUGCUAUCUUAUAGGAAAUAUUGCAUCAAUAGUUGGGGAGUUUGUUGUAUACUGACAUUGAUGUUUGCUGCACUGAUGCUAGUGAUUGUUAUGUACAUGUUUGUACUAUUCCCCUUGAACCUUCAAGUCAAGGGACUGAUUGGGAUUAUUGCUGGGCUCAUUGCCCUCUCUUCUGCCUCCUGGUACAUCAAGAACAAGUUGUUGGCUAGAACCCUCAAUCCACCCAAUGCUCAUGCUGGGAAUGGAGGAAAUGCGAGAGGUGGAGAAGCAGAUGAUGAUCAGAGAAUGCUUUUACCAUAAAUACUUUUUUGACUGAACACCUUUGUUACGUAUACAUUUUGUAGAAAUAGAAAGUUUGUUGAAUUG